UUUUGUCUCGAACAGUCUUUCUUUCAGCACGUGCAUACGAGCUGAAUUAGAAUCGAUGUUGAUAAUUCUUGUUUGAUUGUGUAAAUUUAGUUGACUAACAUACCAACAUGUCGGCUGCUCCAAGCUCUCGUGACAACAGCCCUGGUCCCAAUAGGCUCAACAAGUUCAAAAAUGCUGGCAAAGAUAUUGAGGAAAUGAGGCGCCGUCGACAGGAGACCAGUGUUGAGUUGCGUAAGGCCAAGAAAGAUGACCAGCUCCUCAAACGGCGCAAUGUACAAAUUGAUGAACCCACCUCUCCCAUCAGCGAGGAAGUCACUCAGUUCGGCACCCCUGCCUCCACAUCCCAGAUGCCGUCCCCUAUGAGCCUCGAGGAGAUCCUCAACACAAUCACCAGCCAGGACCCUGACAAGCUACUCGCCGCCACCCAGGCCACGCGCAAAAUGCUGUCCAGGGAGCGAAGUCCUCCUAUUGAUGCCAUCAUUCAGGCCGGCAUUGUCAAUCCCCUUGUUUCCUUCCUCAGAUAUGACGAUAACCCGUCACUACAGUUCGAGGCAGCCUGGGCUCUCACAAAUAUUGCUUCAGGAACCUCCGAGCAGACAAAGGCCGUCGUUAAAUGUGGAGCGGUUCCUCCUUUCAUUGCUCUGCUGUCGUCCCCUCAUCACAACGUGGCCGAGCAGGCAGUAUGGGCAUUGGGCAACAUCGCUGGUGAUGGCCCCGACCUCAGAGACUUUGUUAUCAAGGCUGGCAUCAUUAAGCCUCUCCUAGCUUUAGUUCAACCCUCAGCCGAGUUUGCUUUCCUGCGAAACAUCACUUGGACUAUCAGCAACUUGUGCCGGAACAAGAACCCUUCUCCUCCGUUCGAAAUGGUGAAGCAAUGUCUACCCACUCUCGCUUACCUUAUCUCCCACCCUGAUCCCGAAGUGCAAGCUGACGCGAGCUGGGCCAUUUCGUACUUGACGGACGGCACGAAUGACAAGAUAGCGGAGGUGGUGGCUGCUGGUGUGGUGCCGCAACUCGUACAGCUGCUCGCCUCGGGCGUCAUCUCCGUGGUCACGCCCGCCCUGCGCGCCAUUGGUAACAUCGUCACCGGCAACGACGUGCAGACGGAUGUUGUUGUGAAAGCCGGAGCUCUGGAAGUGUUCCCUCAGCUGCUGAGCCAUUCCAAGCAGAACAUAGUGAAGGAGGCUGCCUGGACCAUCAGCAACAUCGCUGCUGGCAAUCAAGAUCAAAUUCAAGCCAUCAUCGACAGCAACUGCUUGCCGGCGCUCAUGCGUGUCUUGGAGCAGGGCGACGCGCGGUCGCAGAAGGAAGCCUCGUGGGCUGUGACGAACUUCACCAGCGGCGGAUCUAAUGAACAGAUCGUUACGCUCGUGCGUUAUGGGGUGUUGCCGCACUUCUGCAAAUUGCUCAACUCACAAGACGUGAAGCAGCUCUUCGUCGUCAUGGACGGCAUCGCUAACAUCCUUAAGUGUGCGGAAAAGUUGGGCGAGGUGGAGCGCGUCGCUCAGAUGGUUGAGGAGUACGGCGGCGUGGACAAGCUCGAGGAGCUGCAGAACCACGAGAACAUCGACGUGUACAAGAAAGCCCUGGAUAUUGUGGAGCGUUUCUUCAGUGUCGAGGACGAUGAGGAACUGGCGCAGGCUGACAGCACCACUCCUGCCGCUGGUGAUGUCGCCCCAAACGGAGACUCCUUUCACUUUACUGAGAACAACUCGAUGCCUGAAGGCGGUUUCUCAUUUUAGGGUAGAAUUUAUUAAAGCUAUCUCUUGGUUAUCGUUAAUUUCGUCGCUUAUAAGUGGCAUUCCAUAGACAAUUUCGAGUAAGGCAUUUCUUGUUGUGAGAGCAGCGUGGAAUCGUGCGGCCUCCUGCGGUCUCUUUUCAAUGUGUAGAUAGCAUUGUUCUCGUAUAGAAGUAGCCAUAGGAGUUGGUUCACACAGUAUUUGAAGAACUGUUUUAUUAACUGGCAUUGAUGUUUCUAGUGGAGUUUAUCAACUUCUUUUAUUGCCGGUAUCACCGAGAGAAGGCAACAGGAUUUAAGGAUUAGCUGUAAGGAUUUGCCAAUGUGCAUAGGAUCUGAGUACGUCUAUCUCUUGUAUCCAAUACAAAUAAAUCUUCAUCGUUUAACGUCUUGUUGCAACUUUUCGAACAUCAUCAUUUCGUUCAAAUCCCAAGUGCCUUUUUUUUCUUUUCGCCACGGAACUAAAUUUCAAAUAUUUUUUAGAUUUAGCAAGCUACUGUCUCUAUUUUUGUAUUACUGAAAAAUAAAAUCUUUUCCUCUUCGUGCAAA